UUAAAAUAUCCGAUGUUCUUGAACGCAGCAGGGAUGCUGCCGCUCCAUGUUACCUUGUUAGCAGGUUGGAUGCUAGCAGUGCAGUCACAUUGAGGCUGGGCUUGACGGGCAUGACACAACCCUUUUAAACAUCAACUUGCUGUCUUUGUCAUAUUCCUCGGCUGUCAACGCUAAAGGACUAACAUCCACACUUCAGCAGACAUGACGACGCGUUCUGAAAGAGAAAAAGCCCAGAAACUGAAUGAGCAGCAUCAGGCCAUUCUAUCGAACCUGCUGAGAGAGGACGAGAACAAAUACUGUGCCGACUGUGAGGCAAAAGGUCCUCGGUGGGCCUCAUGGAACCUUGGUGUAUUCAUGUGCAUCCGCUGUGCUGGAAUCCACCGCAACCUGGGUGUCCAUAUCUCCAGAGUCAAAUCUGUCAAUCUUGACCAGUGGACCCAAGAGCAGAUGCAGAGUAUGGUGGACAUGGGUAACGGUCGGGCCAAGCAGAUCUACGAAGCCCACCUUCCAGAGAACUUCAGUCGCCCGCAGACUGACCAGGCUGUGGAAAUAUUUAUCCGUGACAAAUAUGAGAGGAAAAAAUACUAUGACAAGGAGGCUCUGGAUACAAUCCUGAAGACAACUGAAGGUGCUCCUCACGCCAACUCUCCGUCCUCCCAGGCUGACAGGAGUAAGCAGGAGAAGGAACGUGAAAAGAAGAAAAAAGAGAAGGAUUUAGAAAAAGCAGAGCAGCACAACAUAAAGUCUGAGUCAAGAGCCAGUCCCAAGAAAAGUAAAGAGGCUGAUGUGGACCUUUUGGGCCUGGAUGAUCCAGAAAAUCACGGAAAAGGUCGAACAAUGAAUGAUGAGUUAGACAUCUUUGGACCAUUGGUCUCCAACCCUCUUCCCUCUUCUAAUACAGCACAAGCUAAGAUCAGUCGUCCUGGUCCCUUUGCAGAAAAACAGCCGCAAAGCAUGAUGUUUCCACCCCCAUGCUUCACAGUGGCCUGGUUCCAGGACAGCACUUCAGUCAUCAGAUCCCCCCACCUCAUCAUCUUCCUCCUCUACCUCCACCUGUACAACCACAAGGGCAGAGGAGAAAAAGCUUUUAUCAAAAGACUCCAUCCUGUCUCUGUACGCCACCAGCUCAGUGGGCAGUCAGCCACAGAGCCAGCAACAGCCUGCUACUGGGCAAGGAAUGCACACUGGGCAGCCUCAGAUAGCACAGCAGGGUUUCAACAGUACCAUGAUGGGAGGAGGAGCCAUGAUGUCAGGCAUGACUCUACCAAAUGGCAGCUUUGUGGACAUGCAGCAGAAUGUGAUGUCAGCCACGCAAGGACAGAACAUGCAAAGUGUUCAGCAAGGACAGUGGAGCAUUGGCCAGUUAUCCCAGCAGAUGUCUGGCAUGGCCACAAAUGGAGGUGCAGCAGCAUCGGGCGCCCCCGCAGCUAGUUGGUCCCCAGCUUCAACCGCUUCUGGACAGACCCUCAGCACUCAACUGUGGAAGUGAUGAGUAGGCAAGUCCAGAAAAUUAGUAGGGCAGCCCGUGGGACCUUCUUAACAAACCUCCUCCACAGCCUCCCAAGGUUCUUUUCAAAAGUCAAGACGAUACAGUGAGAUGGGGGAAGGGCUUUUUCAGCCAUCAUGUUUUGUCUUAAUUGGAUCUUGUUUUGAUUUCCUGUUGUCGUUGUGUAAAGAGCAAGUGCAGUUACAUCACAGCAAACAAGAGAGAACAUUGCUGGACGUAGUAUCCGCUGACGUAAUGUUAUACUUCUCUUAAUAUCAUUAUUAAAAUGAGUAGAUAGCUCAUAGUUAUUAAGUACGUACAGUAGAUAUGGUGCUCUUGUAGUGGUUGGUCUCCGCUGUGUGUGUUAUACUCCUACCACACCUGCCCUCACCUUCUCAAUAGCACCAGCAGAGCAUGGUGUGCAGGUAAUCGUCUGACCAGUACUGUAUUUAUGUAAAAACAUUAGAGCCAUAGCCGGUGGUCAGGUCAGUCAUUCAUCUCGCCAACAUUUGUUUUCUUAGACUUUGUUCAUCAUGCUAAGAAUAUUCGAACAGUAAAUCCUGAAAGCCAGCUGUGCAAUGUGAAAUCAUUCAGAAUUAUGACAUUUGUUAAUUUGGCCAGUAAAACCCUGCUGGUUGACAAUUCAAAUUUUAACAAUGUAGACAGUUGUUGUUGGUAUUUUAUGGAGUUUUAAAUGAAGAACCAACAAUUAGGAUAGCGUGUUUGCCAACUGUUAAAAACACUUGUACUGUACAUUCUGAAAAUACGCAUUACUAUUACUAGGCGCAGCCC